AAAUUUUCCUAACAAAUUUCGAAACUUUUCACAUUCACCACUCGAUUGAACCCGACCCGUUAUUCAAUGGAUCCGGAGGAUAGGUCCGAGAUUGCCUUCUUCGACGUUGAGACGACUGUACCAAACAGAGGUCAACGUUUCGCGAUUCUAGAAUUCGGGUCAAUCCUUGUUUGCCCCAAGAAGCUUACGGAGCUCCGAAGCUACACGACUCUCGUCCAACCUGCAGAUUUGAGUCUCAUAUCUUCCUUGUCCGUCAGGUGCAAUGGCAUCAAGCGUGACGACGUCGUUUUGGCACCUUUGUUUGCCGACAUCGCUGACACAGUCUACGACAUUCUCCAUGAAUCUAGCUCUUUCUCCUUUUGCGGAGGAUUUGGGCAGGUCACAACUCACAACAUAUUGAGGUUUGAUUGUCCAAGGAUCAGAGAAGCAUUUGCAGAGAUUGGACGUCAACCACCUGAGCCAAAAGGCGCCAUCGAUUCAUUGGGUUUGCUAACUCAGAAGUUUGGUAGAAGAGCUGGUGAUAUGAAGAUGGCAACUUUGGCUAGAUAUUUCGGACUUGGAAAUCAGACGCAUAGGAGCCUGGAUGAUGUUAGAAUGAAUCUUGAGGUUCUCAAAUAUUGUGCUACUGUCUUGUUCUUGGAGUCGAGUCUCCUCUAUGCACAUGUAGAUAAUUCGGUAUCUCCUGGAACUACUAGUUCAAGGAGACGUAUUGAUGCAUCUCACGAGGGUAAUACUGUAACAACCUCUGUUAGGCUACCAUCUAUUAGCGAGAACAGUGCAGCUCAGCCAGAUCCGUUCAACAUGAGCGUCUUGAGGAAUGAAAUGGCUUCCGACAACCACCUUCAAUCAGACAUUCUCAUGGAAGAAGAACAAACUCACCCCUCUGAUAUUGUUGUCCCUGAGAAUACCAGUGACCAUGAGGGAUUCUUGGCUCCUGAUGUGGUAUCUCUUCCAAACAUCAAAGCGAUUCUUGUCCCGUUUUAUCCUGGAAGCCAAAUGAUGAAACUAAAGCUACUUCACGGUGAUUCCCCUCUGCAGCUCUACUGUUCUUGUCUGAAAGUACGGUUUGGAGUCAGUGGGAAGUUUCUGGAUAACACCGGGAGACGGAGGUUAAACUUUGUGGUUGAUCUGAAUCCAAGCCUGUGCAGUGUACUCGAAGCAUGUGACAGUAAUGCGCAGAAACUGUCUGUUGAUUCGGGUUCCGCUUCUGACUGGAACCCGGUCGUGAAUCCAAUGAAGGGUUUUGUAAACUACCCUAACGCAAGGAUACAUAUUGCGACAGAGAUAAAUGGAGAUGCAGUUCGAUAUGCAACAGAGAUACACCAAAGAGAGUCCUCUGGAGCUACUCAGAAACUAAUCUUCAGCAACCCGAGUGGUGAGGAGCUUGAAUCGUUGCUGACCUCGGGAAGUGUUGUUGAUGCGUUCUUGUCUCUGGAACCGUAUGAUUAUCAGCAGAAAGCUGGAAUCCGCCUUGAGGACGGAUUCAGGACUCAGAAGCGCGUCUCAACCGCUUCCUCCGCCGCCGCCGGCGUUCUUCCGACGACGAUGGCGAGUGGCGGAGGAAGGAGACCACCACCACGUGGCAGACAGAUCCAGAAAACGUUCAACAACGUAAAAAUGACAAUCCUUUGUGGCUUCGUCACCAUUCUCGUCUUACGUGGCACAAUCGGCGUUAACUUCGGAACUUCUGACGCCGACGUCGUUAACCAGAACAUAAUCGAAGAAACUAACAGACUUCUAGCUGAGAUCCGAUCCGAUUCGGAUCCUACAGACCCGAACGAGCCACCUGAUUCGGAUCUUGAUCUCAACAUGACGUACACUCUCGGACCCAAGAUCACUAACUGGGAUCAAAAACGGAAACUUUGGCUAACGCAAAACCCAGAUUUCCCCAGUUUUGUCAAUGGUAAAGCUAAGGUUUUGCUUUUAACAGGUUCGCCUCCAAAACCUUGUGACAAUCCAAUUGGUGAUCAUUACCUACUGAAAUCGGUGAAGAACAAGAUUGAUUAUUGUAGGAUUCAUGGGAUUGAGAUUGUGUAUAACAUGGCUCAUUUGGACAAGGAGCUUGCUGGGUAUUGGGCAAAGCUUCCAAUGAUCAGGAGAUUGAUGUUGUCUCAUCCUGAAAUUGAAUGGAUUUGGUGGAUGGACAGUGAUGCUCUGUUCACUGACAUGGUGUUUGAGAUUCCUUUGUCUAGAUAUGAGAAUCAUAACUUGGUUAUUCAUGGAUAUCCGGAUUUGUUGUUUGAUCAGAAGUCGUGGAUUGCUUUGAACACUGGUAGCUUCUUGUUUAGGAACUGUCAAUGGUCUUUGGAUUUGUUGGAUGCUUGGGCUCCAAUGGGACCGAAAGGACCGAUUCGGGAAGAAGCCGGGAAGAUUCUCACUGCGAAUCUUAAAGGAAGACCGGCGUUCGAAGCUGAUGAUCAGUCUGCAUUGAUCUAUCUGUUGCUUUCGCAGAAGGAGACGUGGAUGGAGAAAGUCUUUGUGGAGAAUCAGUAUUAUCUUCAUGGGUUUUGGGAAGGAUUAGUGGAUAGGUAUGAGGAGAUGAUAGAGAAGUACCAUCCGGGGUUGGGAGACGAAAGAUGGCCAUUUAUUACUCACUUUGUUGGAUGCAAACCGUGUGGGAGUUAUGCGGAUUACGCGGUUGAACGUUGCUUGAAGAGUAUGGAGAGAGCAUUCAACUUUGCGGAUAAUCAAGUCCUCAAGCUGUAUGGAUUUGGUCACAGGGGAUUGUUAAGCCCUAAGAUCAAGAGGAUCAGGAACGAGACAACAUUUCCACUGAAAUUUGUAAACAGGUUUGAUAUUCGGAGAACAACACCGCUCAAGAUUGAAGCACGGAGCUAGCAGCCGAUGAACCGGUUUGGUAAAGCACAAUCACUUCCUACUUAGUUGAACAAAGUUCUUCAUUGUUU